CUCUGUUACUUCAAUCCGAACUUUCCUAGCUAAGUAACCAAUAGCUCGUUAGCAAGCGGCGUUUGAUAAGCUUCUGAGGUGUCUUCGCUUCCCUAGGCUCAACACGCGGAUUAACUAGUUUACUGAACACCCGAGACAUUGUUUUACUGCAUGAAAGCAUGAGUCUAGGUGUGGUUGCGCGGGAGGCGGCUAGCGUCCCAUCAACCAGCGGCAGAGUUGCGUUGGCGGAGAUGCUUGGGAGAGCGGCUCCGGUCCUCUCUUCAGCCUUUUCUCGGAGCUAUGCGUCCCUUGUGGGCUCCGGGUUCCCCAGCCCCCGUCCCGAUGUUGCCUUGCACCUGAGCACUCCACACGGUGGCCAUAUCAAUCGGAUGAUCAAUACGGCUGAGAGCAUUCUGGAGCUCGAUGGCAUAUUGUAUCGGUUCAGGAAGCGGCUCCGGCCAGCAAACAUAGGUGCAGCAUCGAUGAAGCUUGAGCACCUGCACAGGUACGAGCGCGCCUCCCCCUAUGCGCUUAAGGUGCAGCGGGUGGCGGCGGAGCUGCAGAAGUACGUGGAGACGUUCGCGGACCGCCUGGCGCUCACACAGGUCGCCAACGUGGUUCGCGGCAUGAGCAGCGUCAGCCACCGCCUGCCGCCCGAGCUGCUGGUGCGGCUGGCGGCGGGGGUGGUGGCGGACGGGGGCGCGGCGCUGCGGUAUGCGCCCGACGUGGACCUGCGGGACCUGUGCUACGGGUUCUCCGGACAGGGCUACGCCAACCCGCUGUUCUGGUCGCGUGUCUCCUCCGCGGUGCUGCCCCGCCUGCCCUCCCUGGACCCCAACACCCUGCCCGCAAUCAUUGAGGCGCUCCAACACACCCAGCAGCUGCCCAUCCCCACCUCCACCCCCACCUCCUCCUCGGAGGCUGCUCCGGCCGCCGCCUCCCCCCAGCUGGCCCUAGCCCGCGACGCUUUGCGGCUGCUGGCCUCCCCCGCCUCCCUGGAGCGCCUGCAGCCCGCCCGCCUGGCGGACGCCGCGCAUCUGCUGCGCCGCCUGGGGCCGCAGCUGGGUCUCAUGCAGCAGCCGGGCGGCGGCCCCGACCCCGCACUGCUGGCAGCGCUGCAGGCUGCCACCCUGCGCUGCCUGCCUGCCCUGGCGCCCGGGCCACUCACCGGGAUACUGAGCAGCCUACUGGGGCUGCACGGCUUGGCGGCGGGCCAACAGCAGCAGCCGCAGCUGCCGGCCGAGCUGCUGGUGGCGGCGGAGGCGCACCUGCGUGCCGCGGUUCCUCGCAUGGAGCUGCUGCAUGUGAAGCAGGCGGUGCAGGUGCUGGCGCCCAGUGCGGGAGGGGCGGGGGCGGUGGCGCUGGGGCCGCUGCUGGAGCUGCUGGCGAGGAGGGCGGUGCAGCUGCUGCCGGCGGCUGGCGAGGAGGGCGCUGCAGGGGCGGGUGGCAGCAGCCUGGCUCGGCUGCCCCGCGGUGGGAAGGAUGCAGGGGCGGUGCUGGCGGCGGCGGUGGGGCCGCAGAUGAGCGCGAUGACGCCGGGUGUGUUGGAGGGGCUGAUGAAGGCGUAUGCUGCGGCGGCGGCGACUGCGGGCGGGGUGCAGGGCGGUGCGGGGCUGGUGGCGCUCGUGGAGCGGGUGGUGGC